AGAGAGAACUCAGAACAGGUUCUGCUGUGUGCGUCCAAUCAGAGCGGCAGCAUCGUGGAGUGCUGGUCCCUGAGGAAGGAGGGACUUCCUGUCAACAACAUCUUCCAGCACCGGUCACCAGUCGUCGGGGAGAAGCAGCCCACCAUCCUGAAGUGGCGGAUCCUGACCACCACCAACGAUCUGGAGCGAGUGUCGGCCGUCGCGCUGCCCAAACUGCCCAUCUCCAUCUCCAACACCGACCUGAAGGUGGCGUCGGACACCAAGUUCUGCCCCGGACUCGGUCUGGCUCUGGCGUUCCACGACGGCAGCAUUCAGAUCCUCCACCGUCUCUCCCUCCACACCAUGGGGGUUUUCUACGGCUCCUCGUCCUCUUCAGGUCAGAGGCCCGGAGACGAGUCCGCCAUCAAACGCCAAAGAACCGGAGGCCCCGCCCUCCACUUCAAGGCCCUCCAGUUCUCCUGGACCUCUCUGGCACUGGCUGGAGUCGACAACCACGGCAAGCUCCACAUGCUGCGAGUGUCGCCCUCUAUGGGUCAGGUGCUGGAGAUGAACACGACCCUGCGCCACCUGCUGUUCCUGCUGGAGUACUGCAUGGUGACGGGCUACGACUGGUGGGACGUCCUGCUGCACGUGCAGCCCACCAUGGUCCACAACCUGGUGGAGAAGCUGCACGAGGAGUACAUGAGGCAGAACCAGGCGCUGCAGCAGGUCCUGGCGACGCGUAUCGUGGCGGUGAAGGCGUCUCUCUGUAAACUCUCCACGGCGACGGCGGCUCGAGCCUGCGACUUCCACGCCAAACUGCUGCUGAUCGCCAUCAGCUCCACCUUAAAGUCUCUGCUGAGGCCCCACGUCCUCAACACACCAGACAAGAGUCCAGGAGACCGGCUGGCCGAGAUCUGUGCCAAGAACACUGACACGGAUAUUGACAAAGUGAUGAUCAAUCUGAAGACGGAGGAGUUUGUGUUGGACGGCCCCCCCCUUCAGUCCCUGCAGCAGCUCAUCCAGUGGGUGGGAGACUUUGUCCUCUACCUGCUGGCCAACCUGCCCAACCAGGGCUCCAUGGUCCGGCCGGGGUUCGGCUUCAUGAGGGACGGGGCGUCUCUGGGGAUGCUGAGGGAGAUGUUGGUGAUGAUCAGGAUCUGGGGUCUGCUGAAGCCCGGCUGUCUGCCCACCUUCACCGCCACGUCCGACAACCAGGACAGCAUGCAGCUGCUGUUCAGACUGCUCACCAAGCUGUGGCUCUGCUGUAAGGAGGUUUCACUGUUCCUGGUCCUGAGCAGGUCUCAGACUGCUCAGGACCUCCUGCUCUGUAGAUCUUAGGAUCUGUAAGUGAAG